GCUAAAUCCGCGUUCUUUGGGUGUGGACACUUUAUUUAUUUUUCUCUUUUCUUAUUAUUUUUUUUACGCGGCGCGUAAUAGUAUCUUUAAUUGACGACCGCAAUUACACACAACUUUAAAAAAUAUAAACAACAAAUCAGUAGUACAAAGCGCGGGUUUUAUUAUUUCAUUUGGCGGUGGACUGAAAUAAAGGCAGCCGUAAAAAAAUCUCGCUUUUUUUCUUUUCUUCCUCUUUCACCCCCCUUUUAUAAAUUUCAAGUGAUUUAUUUAUUUUUCUUUCUAUUAGCAUCCCGAUUGCACGUACCAAAUUUCGCCAGUUCCCCACUAGCGAUUAGGCACAUCUCGCACUUGCUACAAAGGAGGAGUAUUAUUUAUACCCCGACAGAGACACGCGACAAGCACACCUUCGCUUUUCACCUGUUUCUUUAAUUCGUCCGUAGCCUGAAAUGUCGUACACCUUGGAGCUGGCCCAUUCCUCGGCGCCCAUGCGCCGGGUGAAGUAUGUCCAGUUUGGCAUUUUCUCGCCUGACGAGAUUAGAAGCAUGUCAGUGGCCAACAUCGAGUUCCCAGAGCUGCGUGAUGACGACGGCAAGCCCAAGAUCGGCGGUCUCUUGGACCCGCGCAUGGGCACCAUCGACCGCAACGUCAUGUGCCAGACUUGCAGCGAAGGUAUGAAGGAGUGCCCAGGCCACUUUGGGCAUAUCAACCUGGCCAAGCCAGUCUUUCACAUUGGUUUUAUCGCCAAGGUCAAGAAGGUCCUCGAGUGCGUGUGCUGGGAGUGCGGCAAGCUCAAGGCUGACCUCAACGACUCCAAGUUCCAAAGGGUCCUGAAGACGCCCGACGCCACGCGGCGCAUGAAGCUUGUGUGGGAGGAGUGCAAGGCGCGUACCGUAUGCGAGAAGCCCGCCGAGGAUGCGGGGAACGAUGCUGGCUCUGGGUCUAAGACCAACAGCGCGUCUGGUGCCGCAUCCAACGGAAUGGAGGGCAUCAUUGGGGCACACAAGGUCAGGCCCGGAUGCGGUGCCCGCCAGCCGAACUUCCGUAAGAACGGCCUGAAGCUCUUUGCCAAGAUGCGCGUCACCGCGACUGAGGAGCCGGCGGCGAACGACAAGGAGGAGGUCACUGUUGAGCGUGUGCUUCAGACGCUCAAGAAGAUCUCUGACGAGGACGCUGAGGCCAUGGGCAUUGACCCGCACUACGCGCGCCCCGAGUGGAUGCUGCUGCACGUCAUGCCCGUCCCGCCGAUGACCGUGCGUCCCAGUAUCCAGAUGGACGCCGCGCGCGCCAGUGAGGAUGAUCUGACGUACAAGUUGAACGAUAUCCUCAAGGCCAACGCGCGCCUUCAGAGUUGCGUUGUCGAGGGUGCCCCGGCGCACGUCGUCAAAGAGUUUGUGGACCUGCUGCAGUUCCAUACGGCCACAUUUAUGAAUAACGACCUGAGCGGGAUGCCGCAGGCACUGCAAAAGUCGGGUCGCCCCAUCAAAUCGAUUCGCGCGCGCCUGAAGGGCAAGGAGGGCCGUCUGCGCGGCAACCUGAUGGGCAAGCGCGUUGACUUUUCGGCGCGCACUGUCAUCACGGGUGAUCCCAACAUCUCGAUCGAUCAGGUCGGCGUGCCGCGAAGCAUCGCACGCAACCUGACUUACCCCGAGACCGUGACGCCAUACAACAUUGACAAGCUACAGGAGUACGUGCGCAACGGGCCCAACGAACACCCGGGAGCCAAGUAUGUCAUCCGUGACACUGGCGAGCGCAUUAACCUCAACUUUAACAAACUCAGCGGCGACAUGCCGCUGCAGAUCGGCUACCGCGUCGAGCGCCAUCUCAUUGAUGAUGAUGUGAUUAUUUUCAACCGUCAGCCAUCGCUGCAUAAGAUGUCGAUGAUGGGUCAUCGCGUUAAAGUCAUGCCUUACUCGACCUUCCGCCUGAACCUGUCGGUCACGUCGCCCUACAACGCCGAUUUCGACGGUGACGAGAUGAAUUUGCACGUGCCCCAGUCCGAGGAGACGCGCGCCGAGAUCCGCGAGAUUUGCAUGGUCCCCAAGCAGAUCAUCUCACCCCAGGCAAACAAGCCUGUCAUGGGUAUUGUGCAGGAUACGCUGUGUGCGAUUCGCAGGUUUACCAAGCGUGACACGCUGCUCGACCUCGACAUGGUCAUGAUGCUCAUGUUACACAUGCCCGACUGGGACGGCUGCCUGCCCACGCCUUGCAUUAUCAAGCCCAAGCCCAUGUGGUCGGGCAAGCAGAUCUACAGCAUGGUCAUUCCCAAGGGUAUCAAUUGCCAAAAGUUCCAUGUCACGCACCCCGACAACGAGACCACGUGGAUCUCGCCCGGAGACACGCGCGUAUACGUCGACAACGGCGAGCUGGUCUGCGGCAUCGUGUGCAAGAAGACUGUCGGCUCGUCCGAGGGCGGUCUCAUCCACACGAUCUUCAACGAAUACGGCUCCGAGGUCGCGCGUCACUUCUUCGACGGCACGCAGCGCGUCAUCAACAACUGGUUCUUGCACUACGGCUUCAGCGUCGGAAUCGGAGACACGAUUGCCAAUGACAAAACCAUGGAGGAUGUGGGCGUCAUUAUCAGCGAGUGCUUUGCGCGCGUCGACGAGGUCAUUUCCAGCGCGCAGCACGACAAGCUGGAGCGCAUGCCCGGUAUGACGAUCAAAGAGACAUUCGAGAGCAAGAUCAACGCUGAUCUCAACGACGCGCGCGAUAAAUCCGGAAAGCGGGUGCAAGGCCAGCUGAAGGAGAACAACAACGUCCGUCAGAUGGUUGACGCCGGCUCGAAGGGGUCGUUUAUCAACGUGUCGCAGAUGACCUCGUGUGUGGGCCAGCAGAACGUCGAAGGCAAACGCAUCCCCUUUGGCUUCAAGUACCGCACGCUUCCCCAUUACGCCAAGGACGACUUUUCGCCCGAGAGUAAGGGGUUCGUGCGGAACUCUUACCUGCGUGGCCUGACACCGCAGGAGUUCUUCUUCCACGCCAUGGGUGGUCGCGAGGGUCUUAUCGACACGGCUGUCAAGACUGCCGAGACGGGUUAUAUUCAGCGUCGUCUGGUCAAGGCGCUUGAGGACAUCAUGUGCCAGUACGACGGCACUAUCCGAAACUCGCUUGGCCAGAUCGUGCAGUUUGUCUACGGCGAGGACGGCAUGGACGGCUGCUCCAUCGAGUCGCAGAAGUUGCUCUCUGUGUCCUCCAGCAACGUUUCCUUCGAGCGUAUGUACCGCGUCAACGUGAUGGACCACGGCGCCAUUUUCCACCCCGGGUCGCUGGACUACGCAAUUCUCAGGAACAUCGAGGGUAACGAGGCGGUUCAGCGGGUGCUGGACAGUGAGUUUAACCAGCUGUUGGAGGACCGCCGAAUUGUGCGCAACUUUAUUAUCAAGGACGGCGAGGACCGCAUCCCGCUCCCGCUGAAUGUUGAGCGCCUGAUCAAAAUCGCCCAACAGACAUUCAACAUUGACUCGCGCAAGCCAUCCAACAUCAACCCAGUCGAGAUUGUCAACCUAGUUGAGUCGCUCACCCGGACCAGACUCCCUGUCAUUCGCGGCGAGGACAAACUGAGCAUCGAGGCGCAGAGCAACGCCACACUUCUGUUCCAAAUCCACCUGCGGUCGAGGCUGGCGACCAAGCUGGUUAUCGAGAAGUACCACAUGACUAAGGAGGCCUUUGACUGGCUGCUUGCCGAAAUUGAGGCGCGUUUUAAGCGGGCGCAGAUCAACCCCGGCGAGAUGGUCGGAGUGCUGGCUGCGCAGUCGAUUGGUGAGCCGGCAACCCAGAUGACGCUCAACACGUUCCAUCUGGCUGGUGUCGCCUCAAAGGGAACGCAGGGUGUGCCGCGCCUCAAGGAGGUCAUCAACGUGGCGACCAACAUUCGGACGCCCUCGCUGAUCAUCUUCCUUUCCGAGAACGUGUCGUCCAACCACGAGCGCGUCAAGGACGUGCAGGUGGCCAUCGAGCACACAACGCUUGCCGACGUCACGGCGGCUGCCGAGAUUUGGUACGACCCUAUCUCGGACAAGCCGGCCAGCGAGGGCGGCCAGCCUGGAGAUAAGAUAUAUACGCGGAUCGAGGAGGACACUGAAUUCGUGGAGCUGUACCACGAGCUCUCCAGUGACCAGCACUCCGUCGAGGCCAUUUCGCCCUGGCUCCUGCGCCUCGAGCUGAACCGCAAGCGGGUUCUCGACAAAAACCUCUCGGUCAACGAAAUUGUCGACAAGAUCACAGAGGUGUUCAACACUGACAUGCAGUGCUUUGGCAGUGACGACAACGCUGAGAAGAUGGUUAUCCGCUGCCGUAUUGUCAACACGGACAUGAAAGACGACGGCGACGACGGCAUUGGCGAGGGCGGUCAGAUGGAGGAGGACAUGUUCCUCAAGACCAUCGAGACCGAGAUGCUCAACAAGGUCGUGCUGCGUGGAAUUGAAAACAUCUCGCGCACAUACAUGGUUGAGGAGACGAAGAGAAUCAUCGAUGCCAACGGUGAGUAUGUCAACCACACCGAGCUGACCAUCAAGACAGACGGAAUCAACCUGCGCGAGGUUCUGUGGCAGGAUCACAUUGACUCCAGGCUCACGUACUCAAACCACCCUAUCGAGAUUCGCGCUGUGCUGGGCAUUGAAGCGGCACGUGCAGCCAUUCUGCGCGAGACGCGCGAGGUUAUCGAGGGCGGCGGAUCAUAUGUCAACUACAGGCAUUUGGCGCUGCUUGUCGACCUGAUGACUUCCCGUGGUGUUCUGACGGCCAUCACUCGUCACGGAAUCAACCGCACUGAGACCGGCGCGCUCAUGCGCUGUACAUUCGAGGAGACCGUUGAGAUUCUCAUGGACGCAGCCUCUGUCGGUGCCAUCGACGAUUGCCGCGGCGUUGCCGAGAACAUUCUGCUUGGGCAGCUGGCGCCGCUGGGCACUGGCGCCUUUGACAUCAUGCUUGACGAGGAGAUGCUCAGCCAGGCGGUCAUCGACCCGCGCGCGCAGGGCUUCGAGCUGUCCAAUGUCCCUGCUGGUGGUGCGGCCUACAUGCUCGCCAGCACGCCGGGCGCGAAUGGUGGCAUGUCGCCACAGAUGACGCCCUACGACAGCCGCAGUCCAGACUACAUGAGCAGCGGCGGGCCAGGAUCGCCGAUCAAUGCCAUGUUCUCACCCAUUGUGGACAGUGGCGCCACGUCGCCCGGAUGGAACGGCGCCAGCCCCUACUCGCCCGCCUCGCCGGCGUACUCGCCCACAUCACCGACAUACAACGCGUCCUCUCCGUCGUACUCGCCGACUUCGCCGCAGUACUCGCCGACCUCGCCCUCGUACAGCCCAACAUCCCCGUCGUACAGCCCCACUUCGCCCAGGUAUGGCCAGACUUCGCCAUCGUACUCCCCCACGUCUCCGUCGUAUAGCCCGACCUCGCCCUCAUACAGCCCAACGUCCCCAUCCUACAGCCCGACGUCUCCUUCGUACAGUCCCACGUCGCCCUCUUACACGCCCACUUCGCCGAGGUACUCACCCACGUCACCAUCGUACAGCCCGACGUCUCCAUCAUAUAGCCCGACGUCGCCCUCGUACUCGCCGACGUCGCCCUCCUAUUCACCGACGUCUCCUUCGUACAGUCCCACGUCGCCUUCGUACAGUCCCACGUCUCCGUCCUACUCGCCUACUUCGCCGUCGUACAGUCCCACGUCACCGUCUUAUAGCCCAACAUCGCCGUCGUAUUCUCCUACAUCGCCUUCUUAUAGCCCCACGUCGCCAUCGUACUCGCCGACGUCGCCUUCAUAUAGCCCUACGUCUCCGUCGUACUCGCCUACCUCGCCGUCGUACAGCCCCACUUCGCCAUCGUACAGUCCGGCAUCGCCUUCGUACACCCCAGGUGCAGGAUCUUACACUGCAAGAGUCAAUGGUGAUGAUGACGACAAUGAGAACAACAAUGGUAACCGUCAGCAGAACAAUAGCAAUGGUAGCGGCAGUGGCAGUGGCAGUGGCAGUGGAAGCGGUAGUGGCAGUGGCAGCGGAAGUGGCUGGUCACCGACAUAGACGAUCGCUGAGGGUCGGUUGCUGAGUUUAUUUCAUGUUUUAGUUUUUUUCCCAGACUGUGUCUUGGAUGGUCUUCCUAUAUUUUUUGUCUCGCUAUAACAAUAAGCAAACACAUUGAUUCCACACUGAGUCUUGGCGAAUAUUGCAGUAAUGCAAUAACGGGGUUGCAAGAUACAAAUCGGCAAGCAUGACUCGUGUAUAUGAAUAAAAUCGCUAUACAAACGAUGAAGACAAUACAUUAAAGAUAUAUAUUUUGAUAGACAUCAUUUUGAAAUGCUAUUUGUGUACAAAAUACUUAUAUUCGCACAUAGAAUAUCAAGGGUGAUUGCAAAACCCCUCGAGAGGACAUCACACUUUUUAAUAAAUUUGAAGAUUGAUUUUUGUAAAGACAUGGCAAUAUGAUUAUAUUAUAAUGCAAUAAUGGAUUUGUGAGUAAUGUGAAUUCAGCGCAGCAGUUUUUUUAUUUUACUGGGUGUGCUAGUUAAAAAU